AUGGUCAUCUCAACCAUGACCAGGUUAAGUGGAAGCGAUGGCGUUGGUAGCUCUGAAGGGCGCUGGCUUGGGAAAAGCUUUAACCCUCUCGUCUCACAGCCAGAAGAGUUGACCAACGCCCUGGAGAUCAGCAACAUUGUCUUCACCAGCAUGUUCGCCCUCGAAAUGGUCCUCAAGCUCCUUGCCUUUGGCAUCUGGGGCUACAUCAAGAACCCAUACAAUAUCUUUGACGGCAUCAUUGUUGUGAUCAGCGUCUGGGAGAUCAUUGGCCAGUCUGACGGAGGACUUUCAGUGCUGAGGACCUUCCGUCUCCUCCGGGUCCUCAAGCUGGUGAGGUUCAUGCCGGCUCUCCGACGCCAGCUGGUGGUCCUGAUGAAGACCAUGGACAACGUGGCCACCUUCUGCAUGCUGCUCAUGCUUUUCAUCUUCAUCUUCAGCAUUCUCGGCAUGCAUCUUUUUGGGUGCAAGUUUGGCCUGAAGACAGACACAGGGGACACGAUGCCAGACAGGAAGAAUUUUGAUACUCUGCUCUGGGCGAUUGUCACAGUAUUCCAGAUCCUCACCCAGGAAGACUGGAACGUUGUGCUUUAUAAUGGGAUGGCCUCCACCUCGUCCUGGGCAGCCCUCUACUUUGUGGCCCUGAUGACCUUUGGCAAUUACGUCCUCUUCAACCUCCUGGUGGCCAUCUUGGUGGAAGGUUUCCAAGCGGAGGGCGACGCCAACAGGUCCGACACGGACGAGGACAAGACUUCGCUCAACUUUGAAGAGGAGCUGGAGAGGCUGAAGGAGUUGGCGUCUGAGAUGAAGAUGUAUUCGCUUGCCAUCACACCGAACGGUCACCUGGAGAGCAAGGCCAGCAUGCUCCCGCCUAUCAUCAUGCGCACUGCGGCCACACCUAUGCCCACCCCGAAAUGCUCCCCUCAUAUGGACUCGGCUUAUCCUUUCGCAGACUCCAGGAGAGGAAGCAAUGCUUCGGUCGACCCGCUGAGCUUGUCCAGCCCCCGCAGUUCCCCCGGCACCCACUGGGGCGGCGGCGGCGGCAGCAACUGGGGCAGCCGGCGCUCCAGCUGGAACAGCCUGGGCCGGGCCCCGAGCCUCAAGAAGAAGACCCAGUGCGGGGAGCGGGAGUCCUUACUCUCCGGGGAAGGCAAAGGCAGCACCGAUGACGAGGCGGAGGAGGCCAAGCUCAGCGCCGUCAGCCGGCCCCCUCCCCACCACCGCGCCGAGCCUCUGGAUUACCGGGGGGCCGUGGAGCUGCCCGAGCUCCUCCAGGUCCCGGGCAUUCACCCUUCCCUGAGCCUCAGCCCCCUGCGGCCCACCGAGUACCCGGACUGCAACGGCAAAAUGCUCCACGUCCCCAACGAGUUCUACUUGCACAUGGAUGGUCACAAGGAGGACCUUCUGGAUCUGGAGGAGGAGGAGGACAGUUACUGCUACAGGAUCCGGAAGGCCUUUGAACCCUACAAGCCAACAUGGUGCAAGACCCACGAGAACUGGUCCCUCUACCUGUUUUCACCCCAGAAUCGGUUCCGGGCCAGCUGCCAGAAGGUCAUCGCACACAAGAUGUUUGACCACGUGGUCCUUGUCUUCAUCUUCCUCAACUGCAUCACUAUCGCCCUAGAAAGACCGGACAUUGACCCCCACAGCACGGAGCGGGUGUUUUUAAGUGUGUCCAACUACAUCUUCACAGCCAUCUUUGUUGCUGAGAUGAUGGUUAAGGUUGUAGCUCUUGGCUUCUUCUCUGGGGAGAACACCUAUCUCCAGAGCAGUUGGAACGUCCUGGAUGGAGUCCUGGUCUUUGUGUCGAUCAUCGACAUCAUCGUCUCCAUGGCGUCGGCAGGCGGGGCCAAAAUCCUGGGAGUCCUCCGCGUCCUUCGGCUGCUGCGCACUUUGCGGCCAUUGCGAGUCAUCAGCAGAGCCCCCGGUCUGAAGCUGGUGGUGGAGACGCUGAUCUCGUCUCUCCGGCCCAUCGGCAACAUCGUCCUCAUCUGCUGCGCUUUCUUCAUCAUCUUUGGGAUUCUGGGCGUCCAGCUGUUCAAAGGCAAGUUCUACCACUGCGAGGGGCCCGACAUCCGGAACGUCUCCACCAAGGCCGACUGCACAAACGCCCGCUACAAAUGGGUCCGGCGGAAAUACAAUUUUGACAACCUGGGGCAGGCUCUGAUGUCCUUGUUCGUCCUCUCCUCCAAGGACGGCUGGGUGAACAUCAUGUACGACGGCCUGGACGCCGUGGGCAUCGACCAGCAGCCCAGCCAGAACCACAACCCCUGGAUGCUCCUCUACUUCAUCUCCUUCCUCCUCAUCGUCAGCUUUUUCGUCCUCAACAUGUUCGUCGGGGUGGUGGUGGAGAACUUCCACAAGUGCCGGCAGCACCAGGAGGCCGAGGAGGCCCGGCGGCGCGAGGAGAAGCGUCUGCGGCGGCUGGAGAAAAAGCGCAGGAAAGCCCAACGGCGGCCAUACUAUGCCGAUUACUCGCCCGCCCGGAGGUACAUCCACACGCUGUGCACCAGCCACUACCUGGACCUCUUCAUCACCUUCAUCAUUGGGGUGAACGUCAUCACCAUGUCCAUGGAGCACUUCAACCAGCCCAAGUCUCUGGAUGAAGCCUUAAAGUACUGCAACUACGUCUUCACCAUCGUCUUUGUGAUCGAAGCCGUCUUGAAACUGGUCGCCUUUGGGUUUCGGAGAUUCUUCAAAGACAGAUGGAACCAGCUGGAUCUGGCCAUCGUCUUACUCUCCAUCAUGGGCAUCACGCUGGAAGAAAUUGAAAUGAACGCCGCGCUUCCGAUCAAUCCCACCAUCAUUCGCAUCAUGCGGGUGCUCAGAAUUGCGAGAGUGCUGAAGCUACUGAAAAUGGCCACAGGGAUGCGGGCGCUGUUGGACACGGUGGUCCAGGCCCUUCCCCAGGUAGGGAACCUCGGCCUUCUCUUCAUGCUCCUCUUUUUCAUCUACGCGGCCCUGGGAGUGGAGCUGUUUGGAAAGCUAGACUGCAGCGAGGAUAAUCCCUGUGAAGGCUUAAGCCGGCACGCCACCUUCAACAACUUUGGCAUGGCCUUCCUCACCCUCUUCCGGGUUUCUACGGGAGACAACUGGAACGGGAUUAUGAAGGACACGCUGCGGGAAUGCCACCGGGACGACAAGCACUGCCUCAGCUACCUCCCCAUCAUCUCCCCCGUCUACUUUGUCACCUUCGUCCUCAUCGCCCAGUUUGUCCUCGUCAACGUGGUGGUGGCCGUCCUGAUGAAGCACUUGGAGGAGAGCAACAAGGAGGCGAAGGAAGAUGCGGAGAUGGAUGCCGAAAUCGAGCUGGAGAUGUCCAGGGGGGUCAACACCCCGGUCAGAGUCCCCGAGGGGAGCCCGGCCCUCUCCAAGACCGGGUCGCCCCUCCUGCUGAAGCACCAGGCACCGGCGUCUCUGAGCUGUGAGAGCAUCUCUCUCGCCAUCCCGGACUUAGACCUUCUGCUGGAGGGAGGGAAGGACCCGAUGAUGAUGGAGUUUGCGGGCUUCCGCUCUUCUCCUCACCGCCGUCUCCUGACGCCCUCCCGCCAGGCCCCCGCCGGAGAGGCCGAGGUGACGGAAGCUGCUUCCGGUGAUGCCGCCCAGAACCUUCUCACCGUCCGCAAGAUCUCGGUGGCCAGGAUGCACUCCUUACCCAACGACAGCUACAUGUUCCGCCCCGUGGCGCCAGCCAAGACCCCCUACCCGCUCCAUGAAGUGGAACUGGAGGCUUACUCGUUCAAGUCGCCAAGAGGUUCCAUCAGCUCCGUUCACUCCCAGCCAGUUGGGACGUGCUCUUCCCUGAGGGUCCCGCGAGCCGCCUUCCGCCCAACCACUCCGCCUCCUCGCCAUGAGGGGGGUGGCCCAUGGAAGCUUCGACCCCCGCACAAAGCCCCACCAUCUCCCAGUAUCAACCGGCCGCUGUGUAGACAGGAGGCUGUUCAGAGGGACUCCCUGGAUGGUCCUGAAGCAGAGUUAAAGGAGAACCCCCUAACGGAGCCCUGCGAAAGCCUUCCUCCCAAGAUGCUGUCACAGAGCAUCUUGGGGGGCCCUCUCCUCCAGGCGAGCCCCACGUCUCUCCCAGGGACACCUCCUCUGCCCCACGCCUCCCCCCAGAAGCCCGCCGGCACCCACACCUGCAAACCCCCGUUCAGCCAGCACAAGCUCGCCAGCCGGCCCCCCAGCUGCAGCAGCCACCCCGAGGGCUCCCUCUUCGAAUCCUCCGACCUGGCCGACGAAGAGGUCAGCCACAUCAACAGCUCCGCCCGGGGCUGGGGACAGCGGCCGGACGCUGGGGACCGGUCGGCAACCCCCUUGCCCUCGCCCGCUCAGUCCCCCGCCCCCACCAAGAACGGCAGCACCACCAGCCUGACUGCAGGGGGCGGUAAAGAGAAAGACUUGAAGAAGUUCUACAGCGUGGACACCCGCGGCUUCUUGGCCAAGCCAACUUGGGCGGACGACCAACGACGGCACUCCAUCGAGAUCUGCCCCUCGGUCAUCGACAGGGAGCGUGGCUUCGCCGAGGCGGCGGAGGAGAGGAAGAGAACGCCUCUCCACCUCCCGUCCGAGUCCGAGUACCUCCACGGGGUUCGGCGGAAAAAGAAAAUGAGCCCGCCGUGCAUUUCCAUAGAUCCUCCCAUGGAGGAAGAGAACAAUCCCUCGACCCGUACCAAAGCGUCCGAGAACAGCCUGUUGAGGAGAAGGACCCCCUCCUGUGAGUCCACCGCUUACAGGGACUCCUUGGACCUCGCCGACAGCCAGCCGGGAGAACCCGCUUCGAAGGCGGAACGCCGGGCCCCGCCGCCCGCCUGCCGAGGAGAGCACUUAACCAUCCCCAAUUUCUCCUUUGAUCAGCCGGAUACCACCACGGGGACCCCCUCCGACCGCCUCUCGGACAGCGGUUUGGCCACCGCGCUCUCUGCAGACUCCCGGCCCGACGACGGCGCGGGGCUGGAGGUCCCAAAGGCAGACCUUUUGAAAGCCCAGUGCGGCCAAGCGGAGCGGAACCGCGAGGUUCCCGGGGGGCCGCGGAGCCCCCUGCGGAAGCACGAACUGGUCCCGGUGAUCAGAGCGACAGAAGGUGGUGUGGACGAACCGGUAUAGCUUCCGAGGGUGUUUGGGGGAGGGGGGGGAGCAGACCGAAUGUGACUGUAGUAAGGGCUUUGCCACCAAAGAGUGGCUUUGAAGUGGAAAAAAAAAAGAUUGCAAACUCAUAACUCCGUGGCCGGUAACCUAUCCCAAAACAUUUCCGUCUCUCUCUCAUUCUCUUUUAAGCGCUGUGAAGGUUUUAUUGUUAUUGUUGUUGUUUUAAAAAAAAAAAAGAAAUCUAACGGAAGGUUAGUUUUAAAAGCAGCAACACAAGGUUCAGGGUAAGGAAAGGAGACUUAUUUUCCCCUUUCUACACGGCACAUGCGAGUAGCUUUUCCAAUUGUUUUUUUUCCUUUUCCUCCCCCACGUCUGCCCCGAUUUGGCCUCGAUCACAUUGAUUUGGGUUUCGGGAGCCUUUGUUUUAUCUUUUUUUUUUUUUAAAGGGGAAAAAAGGAUUUUUUUAAAAAAAGAAAGAAAACCCACAAACUUUUUUUUUUGGACUUUUUGAAAUAGCACCUUUUAUUAUUGCACGGAACGUUGUGACAGGAAGUGUCCAGGAGAGGCAAGUUGUAUAUUGUCUGUAUAUCAGCAGCUAUUAUAAAUAGAAAAUAAUGUAUUUGAAAAAAAAAUUUAAAAGAGGAAAACAUAUACACAUGCACACAGAAGAGCCACACACACAUUCACAUUUAAAAACUCUUCUCUCCAUAAUGCACACAUUUUUAUAGAGAACAGGGGACCUGAUCCAGCUACAGUUAGGUGCACCCGCAGGGAAAUGAUGUGUUAGCGUGUUUGGAAAGCUUGAUGUGGGUGUAGCCCCUCAAUUAAGCUGCUAGUCUCCCCAGGGAGCUUUUAUUUACAUUAAAACCCCUUUAUCCACGGGAUCGUUAUCCGCUGAUUCACUUAUCUAUGGCCUGAAAAUAGUAAAAAAAAAAUUCUAGAAAUAUAUAUACAUA